AUGGCGACCCUGAAAACAGAUCCUGAAACAAUUAUAGGAACUUUGCUACAUCUAUUGUUAACCACUUUGUUGAUUUGUGUGUACACUAUGAAAUUAUAUCAACAAAAACAUCAUUUGAUUAUGGUACGUUUAAAAUUGUUUUUAUAACUUCAGAAUCAAAUUCCAGGAACAUCAAUGGCUAAUCAAUCAACUAUUCUGGUUACUGUCUGUGGUUUGCUGGUUUGCAAAUGUGUUGUAUUUUUUUGGAUUGAUGUUAUUUUCUUUGAAAGGUACAUAUAGAUUUCCAGUAUAUGCCAUUGUGACCAUAGCAAUUGCUACUAUUGGACUCUUUGUCAAGCAAAACCUUGGUCGAAUUCUACCAAUUUUGAUGUCAUUUUGGAUUUUCUUAUACAUCAAUUUUCGAUUUUUACACAAAGUUCUUGAUACUCAACAUCCAUUUUUGUUCAAGAAAAGAGUUCAAUUUUUGGCUAUAAUAAGUGUGUCAAUUGUUUCAAUGUGGUUGUACAGUAGAUUCGCCGUGAACUGUGUCAUUUCACUCGAUCUUCCCACCUUUCAAUGUGAAUUCCACAUGGUUAGUUGUGUUUUGAAAUGUUCUAUUUUUUAAUAGAAAACAUUAUAGAUGUACGAUAUGGAUCAAGAAUGCAACUUGACAAUUUUUACUCCAAAAACCUCAGAAUUAUCGUUGAAAACCAAUAUGAUCUUUGAGGUUUUCAACACUUCAAGUAUUCCUCUUUUAUUUUUAUAUUCAUUAGGAUUCCGUUAUAUUUUGGAAAAAUCUGGAAAAGUUAUAGUAUUCGAAAAAUCGAAAGAAAUCUUCGGUGUUUUCCAAUAUUCUCCAAUUUUUGUAUAUGGAAUUGUAAGUUUAUCUUUUCAAAAGUUUGGAGCAAUUGUGUUACACAGAUUCGCCUUCAUCUCACCAUCAUUCAUUUUUUCUACGUUGUCGACUUUUUUGUGCCUUUCGAUAUUUUGUCAUUUCUAAUUUUUUGCGAUUCCACAUCGGUUUUCGUAUACACAAUACCUUUAAUGUUUUUAUUCACAAAUACCAAUAUUGCUGCAAAAAUUUGGAAGAAACGAUUUUUGAAUGUUGAAUCAAAUAAAGUCCAUAAACGUGGAACUGGACAAAUCGAGAUAAAGACGAAUGUUGGAAUAUAA